UUAGCCAUACGCACGCCCAGCUCGAGUUUCUGCCCUUCUUCUCCUAUUUUUUCCCCUUUCUUUCUGGGGAAAACGAAGCUUUUGGCAAUGGCGGUGCAAUCAAGGAAAUGGAUGAUACUAGUGGCAACGAUAUGGAUACAAGCUUUUACGGGGACCAACUUCGAUUUCUCCUCCUACUCUUCCACUUUCAAAUCAGUUCUCGGGAUAUCUCAAGUGCAGCUCAACUAUUUGUCCGUUGCUUCGGAUAUGGGGAAGGCGUUUGGGUGGUGUUCUGGUGUGCUUUUGAUGUAUUUCCCAUUGUGGGUUGUCAUGUUCAUGGCUGCUUUCUUCGGGUUUUUUGGUUAUGCUCUUCAAUGGCUUGUCAUCAAACAAGUCAUCUCCAUGCCUUAUUUCCUGGUAUUUCUUCUGUGUUUGGUAGCUGGUUGUAGCAUCGCUUGGUUCAACACGGUGUGCUUUGUUUUGUGCAUCAGGAAUUUCCCGAACAACAGAGCACUUGCUUUGUCCCUUACUAUCAGUUUCAACGGCGUAAGUGCUGCAUUGUACACUCUAAUUGCCAAUGCAAUAAACCCUGAGGAUGACACCACCUAUCUCUUUUUAAAUGCACUAGUGCCUCUUCUUGCAUCCUGUAUAGCUCUCAUCCCAGUCCUCCACCAACCGUUGCAGUUUCUGUCCACCAAUACUAUUAAACGAGAUUAUUUUAUUUUCAUUAUGUUAAAUGUUUUAGCUGUAAUCACCGGCCUAUAUCUUCUACUUUUAAAUUCACUUUCUUCUGAAGCAUUAAGGGCACGGACUCUCCUUUUGGGUGCCUUAAUCUUAUUGUUCCUACCUUUGUGUUUACCUGGCAUUGUCUGUGAUAGAGACUGGGGUUUUCGUACUAAUUCAUCCUUGGAUGACCCGAAUGACCUUGAGCUCCAUAAGGAAUUGAUAGAAAAGGAUCAAAAUAAUAGCUUGAAUAUUGAGCCAUUUUCUGCAACACACAAAGAAGGGUUUUUCGACAAGGUAAUGGAGAAAGGCAGGUUAAAAAUGCUCGGUGAGGAACACUCUGCAAGAUUGCUAGUGUGCCAGUCGGAUUUCUGGCUAUAUUAUGUGGCCUAUUUCUGUGGAGGAACAAUAGGGCUGGUUUAUAGCAAUAACCUAGGGCAGAUUGCACAAUCGCUCGGAUACGACUCUAAGAUUAGUACUGUUGUCACUCUCUACUCCUCUUUCUCAUUCUUUGGUCGUUUGCUUUCAGCUGCCCCAGAUUUCCUGCACGGCAAGGUGAAUUUUGCAAGGACUGGGUGGCUAGCCGUUGCCUUGGUGCCUACACCUGUAGCCUUUUUUUUGCUUGCUGUUUCAGGCAGUGAGACAGCCUUGCUUACUAGCACGGCAUUGAUCGGAUUAAGCUCUGGAUUUGUAUUCUCAGCAGCAGUUUCCAUCACAUCAGAGCUGUUCGGGCCUAAUAGUGCUGGUAUCAAUCACAACAUCCUGAUCACCAACAUUCCCAUCGGAUCGCUCCUGUACGGUCUCCUUGCAGCUUUAGUAUAUGAUUCUAACGUGAAAAGUCCGAUAAAUGAAAAUGUGUUGCAGGAAGCAAUGGUGUGCAUGGGUAGGGACUGCUAUAUGCACACAUUCAUUAGCUGGGGAUGCAUUUCCCUGUUAGGCCUCAUAUCAAGUUUUCUGUUGUUCUUAAGAACCGGGCCAGCUUACGACUACUACGAAACGAAUCUAAGUCGAGCAGAGGAUUUGUAGACUACAAAGUAAAUUCCACUCUCCCCUCCCUGUAUUUUCCUUUCAUAUGAUCUCGUAUUUGUAAUGUGCUUGAAAGGGCACAAGGAGGGAUAAAUGGUUCAUUGGACCAUAUAGACAGCCAAAGAGGUGUCCAUUGUUGUUCAUUUG